AUGACUUCUGCUGAAGUCGAUAUCUUUGAAAUCCGUCGUCAAAAAGUGUUCACGACUAUCGAGAGUAUUGGAACUCAGAAAUCUGAAAUUGCAGCUGCACUACGUGGAUUGGGAGUUGGAAGUGUGGAAGAUGACGAGGCCGUCAAGUAUUCAAUCGAACAACUGAUGGCUGCCUACGAUGCAAUUUGUAGUCAAGAGAAGCUAUGGAUGGAACUUCUGAAAGAGAUAAAUGAACUGGAAAAGAAGGAAGAAAAACAAUGA